AAAAACCAGAACUUUUUUUGCCAAGUAUAAUUAUAUGGGGCAUUCAAGUAGCAAUAAAUACAGUUAUGGUCUUAGUCAUUGUUAUCUAUAUUAUGAGACCUACUGAAGAAGAAUUGGAGAAAAUGCGCAAUGAAUUUAAUGCUGAAAAAAAGAAGCAACUUGACAUGCAAAUUGACAAUGCAAAAGCAAAUUAUAUAGAGGAAACAGAUAAUACUUCGAUUUCAGAUGUAAUGUCAUUAAAUGUUCCUGAUGUUCCUAAUCAAGAGGAUUCUGGCCAGUCUUUAAACGAAAUUACGAAUGAAUUAAGCGAAAACGAAAAAAUUCUUAAAACAAUUGGGCAAGAUUUAGUGAAUACAGAAAACAUUUCUUUAAUAAUAAAGGACAUUUUUGAAGAUGGCAAAUUAUUUAAUGAUUCUGACAAAAUUUCCAGCGAUAUACAAUCCAAAAUUAUUGACAAGAGAUCCGAAAUUCUUCAUAACAUCUCUAUUAAAAUAUCUAAAAAAUUUUAUGUGAAUACUAUACUUUCCGCAGAAAUUUCUCCAGAAAUACAACUUAAAACACUUGAAAAAGAGCCUAAAAAGUUACAACUUACUACAAAAAUAAAUCUUUUAAAAAAAAUAAAGUAUCCUAUGAUAGAAAAAAUAAUUUUUGCUGAGAUACAUAUUGAUGCUGCUAUUAUGUCACUAAAGGAACUUUUCAACAACUUAUUGGAAAGA